UCUCUCGUCACGGCACUCCCGUUUAGUUGUGACUGUGCCAUCCGACACGCAGCACCGGACUUACUUCUCUCUGACGAUCCCACGCGCACCCAGAGGAGGACCAUCAACGCACCAACAGAGACAGAGCCAGAGAAAAGCCUCCAUUCGAGGGAUUUUAACUUCCAAAGUGGAAUAACAAUAAGUAAGAAGAAGGAAGUGAAAAGAGGACCGACCAAGGAUCGUUCUUCAUGUUCAUCCUAUUCAUUUGACCGUGAACCAGUGCCACGUCAAGUUCAAUUCCAGUGAAAACUCCACUUAUCAUUGACUGUAAAAAAAUUCACACCGGUUUUCCAUAUCGCGUUUGAACAAGAUAGCCAUUGUGAGGUCGCAGCAUCUUGAUCGGAGAAAGAAUAGAAGUCCCUUUGUUCCCCAUUUGAAGAUGCAAAGAGGCUCAUUCAUCCCCAUGAAAAAUGAUCCAUGUGUUUCGUAGAAAAUGGGCGGAGACAAGGGUCUGAUGACUACCAGCAGAAAGAAGUGCAUUGGUAGCAUUGAUGGAACACAGAGGAUUGAGGAUGAGGAGAUCCAGGAAGUGUGCAAAUGUGCAAGGUGACGGAUAAUUCAGUGAUGCGUAGACGACGUGGCUUGGGUAGUGCCAUUGUCGGCCUCACAGUCGGUUUUCUCCUCGGCUUUAUAAUGAUGAAUUACCGGGGUAUAACGAGCAAUCCGAUGACCCCAACAUCAGGAGUGAGGGCCUCAUCCAGGGGAAGACCACCAGCAACGAUUCCCAAUCUCGAGGUAAACAUCUCGGGGAAGAAUCUCGUUUUCGUGGGAGUCAUGACAGCCAACAAGUACCUGGGAACAAGGGCCAAGGCUGUUUGGGAGACGUGGGGCAAAACGGUGCCUGGAAAAAUUGCAUUUUUCUCUUCUGGUUUUUCAACACUACCGGACAACACUCCGGAUCUGCCGCUGGUGCCACUUCCCACUGUCGAUGAUGGAUAUCCACCGCAGAAGAAGUCCUUUCUCAUGCUGCAGUACAUGUGGAAUCACUUCGGGGACAAGUUUGAAUGGUUCUUGAGGGCCGACGAUGAUGUGUAUGUGAGGAGUGAUAGGCUGGAGAGACUGUUGAGGUCGGUGGACUCCAGGAGACCGAUGUAUAUUGGCCAGGCGGGGAGGGGAAAUUCCAAAGAGUUUGGACUGCUGUCGCUGGAGUAUGAUGAGAACUUUUGCAUGGGUGGACCCGGGGUCAUACUCUCCAGGGAGACGCUCGCGAGAAUUGUUCCGCAUAUCAAGGAGUGUCUCAGGAAUCUUUAUACCAGUCAUGAGGAUGUUGAGCUUGGACGCUGCGUCAGGAAACAUGCUGGGAUACCCUGCACGUGGAACUAUGAGAUGCAAUCGAUCCUCUAUCACAACAGCAGCGGUGAUCAGGCAUUCACGGGUAAUCUCAAGAAAAGAGAAGUCCACCGGGCAAUUACCCUGCAUCCGGUUAAAAGCCCACCGCACAUGUACCGCCUCCACAACUACAUGAGGUUUAUAUUGCAGGGUCUGAGAAUCCAGGACUUGAAGCAGGAACGUGUCAAGCUAUAUCGGGACAUCACUGUGAUGAUUGAGCAGUUGGGAAUGAGUACUAGAGAUUUCCACCGACAAUUAUCAGGAUCAAAUCAUCUCAGCAAUGUGAUUCGCGAUAUUGAAAUGCUUGGAGUUCCGGCGGGCUUGCGAGGCUUCAAGCCACGUUCCAGUCGAGAAGUUGUACCCUGGGAUUUUCUAUCGACCUCGGAGUACAGUCUUGCCAACUCAAAUCCCAGACGACGUAUUCAUAGUCAUAUUAAGGAGGGCCUGGAGGACAUAACGAGGGAAGUUAUGGAUUCAAUUAAUGCCUACUCGAGGCAGCGUGGACGUGUCGUUGAGGAGAGAUCUGCGUUGUAUGGGUACAGGAGAGUCGAUGCUUAUGGGGCUGACACUAUUCUUGAUCUUCUUCUAGUCUAUAGGAAGUACAGGGGACGAAAGGUCACACUUCCGGUUAGGAGACACGUUUAUGUCCAUCAGCAUUACACUGGAAUAGAGAUUCGGGAGGUCGUGAAUUGCGAAGAAAUGGAUCAUCAUCGCUCUCAGAAGCCCCAGAGUAUCUUCAAUGCUGAGUUCCUGGGUUUCAGCUCAGCGAAAGAGACCGAUCCCAUCAAAGACAAGUCCAUAAGAUUCAUCCUAGCACUAUCAGGUAGAUUCCAGGCAUUCCAAAGAUUCCUGAGGAAUUACGAGGAGAUCUGCUUGAUGACUGGUGCCAAGACUGAACUCGUGGUGGUCCUCUACCCCCACAGGACUGAUGAUUCCAUCGGUAGCACGAUAGAGCUGAUCGACCGAAUCAGGAGGAAAUACUCAAGUGCCAGAAUUGAAGUGAUUUCAGGAUCUGGCAACUUCUCCAGAGCUCAAGCCCUGAAUCUAGGGAUCUCUCAAUCUCGAGAUGAUGAUCUCAUGUUCUUCGUGGAUGUGGACAUUGUCCUGAAGGCUGCCGCCCUUCAAAGGAUACGUCUCAACACAGUGAUAGGAAGACAGGUCUACUUUCCAAUUGUCUUCAGCCAGUUUGACCCGACAAUAGUUCGCGAAAACUCAAACACCCAAGACCCGUUCCUCAUUAAUGAAUUCACUGGAUUCUGGCGACAAUUUGGCUUCGGUAUAGUGUCCCUCUAUAAGAAGGAUUACCUCACAAUUGGGGGAUUUGACUUGUCCAUAACGGGAUGGGGGAAGGAAGAUGUUGACUUCUUCGAGAAAGCUGUCAAGUCUAAAUUGAAUGUUUUCAGAGCCCCUGAUAAGCACCUUGUUCAUGUUUUUCACGAUGUUGAAUGUGACGAGAGACUAUCGGGCAUUCAAUUAUCUAUGUGCAGAGGCACCAAGGUCGACAUAUUCGGCAGCACCCAGGCACUAGCCAGAAUCAUUCAUGAUAAUCCAGAGUAUCUGAGGUUCGCCAGAGGCAGAAGGGCUAGACUCACUGCCCAAGGUAAUUGAACUGCCACUUUGUUAUAAAGAGAUGAGGAAAACCCAAUGAUAUUGUGGAGAAACUGUGAUCUGAGUUUAAUGAACUAUCAAUUUUUUAUAGACUCGAAUAACAGAAAUAUUUUAUAGUGUGUAAAUAUGAAACGAUUGGAUUCAGUGAUAUAUUUUUAGUGACCGAAUUUUCAUUGGAAGAAUACUAAUUUAUGAUUGAGGAGGACAGCAACAGGGGAAGAAAAACAUGAUCUCUGGAAGUUAUCUUGAGAUUGAAUAAUUCUAUCAAAAAAUUAUGAUUUUGUGUGAAAACCAGAAAAUUGGUUUGUAACAUGUUUUCCUUCCCCUCAAUUCGGGGUGGAUUGUUUAACUGAAACGUUUAUCUAGUGACGAACGAUCUAAUAUUUAUUGAGACCUUCUGAAAUUACUGCUUAUUCCGUAAAUCUUUGCUUCGCAAGAAUCUUGUAAUAAAACGACUAGAGGUCAUAGACCCAUAGAUCAUAGAAAGGUUCGAGACAACAAUUUUUUUGCUCCGAUAAAAUAUUUUUUCUCUCCGGGAUCAUAUGAAAGUUCCAUAAUAUUUAAUGAAUCUCAUUCGUUCGAUUACUAAACAACUUACCCCAUUUAAAGUGCCUACACUAAAGGAGUGAUCUAUUAGCUGUUAACGAGGCUGCUCCUGUUAAUCAAUCGUGCUAGUAGCUACGACCAGCCUCGUUACCAGUAACUAAAUCAUUCCGCCUUCUCUAUCCGUGAAUUGGAAGAGGAAAAAAAGAUUUAUUUCGACUCCGUCUAGUCAAAUCGGCCAUUUUGGAUGCAUAAAAGAAUAUUGACAAGACUUGGCUCGAGGUCUGCUUCUCCUCUGCUUAACAAAUGUGUCUUCAAUCUUUCAUAUAUUAUAAGAAAAAUGCUAAUUUCUGUAGCAAAGGAAUUUACUUUUAAAAUAUCAAAUAUAAGUCUUUUGGAAUCAUAAAGAAGAAA